ACCUAAAACCUCUAAAACCUCUCUCCCUUUGCUGUCCUCCUCGCUGCCUUAAGACUGUUUCACUUCCUUUCUCUACUUUCGUCGUUUCUGUUUCACUUAAAUGGCUGGUCCCAAACUCCGUAAGAAAGCGGGUUCUAAAUUAGGAAAAUCCCCUACCAAGAAGAAGCAAAAGAAGGAACCUCUGCCACCUAAGCCACUUGAAAAGGAAGAUCUUUUUAUUAGUGACGGUGAAGGAACCGAUGGGGAUUUUGAAGAAGAUGAUGGAGGUUUUGGUGAUGAAGAACAACAGGAAAUGAACUCAGAUUCUGACAUGUCUUCUGACUUGGACGAUUCCUUUGCUGCUGAUAUAUUAGCAAGUGGUGAUGCUGACGAUGGUUCAGCAGAUUCAGAUGUAGAUUCUGAUUCAGAUGCAGAUGAUACUGAUCUUGUAAGGAAGUCAAAAGCUAUUGAUGAAGAAAGGGAAAGAGUAAAGGAGGACGCUGAAGCAGAAUUGCAGCUCAAUAUUAAGGAAGAAGCUGAUGAGUUCAGGCUACCAACAACUGAGGAGCUUGAAGAAGAAACACACAGACCCCCGGAUCUCUCCAAUCUCCAAAGGAGGAUAAAAGAGAUUGUUCGAGUGCUUUCAAAUUUUAAGACAUUGAGGCAAGAGGGUGUGACACGGAAGGAUUAUGUUGAUCAACUUAAAAGGGACUUGGGUUCAUAUUAUGGAUACAAUGAUUUUCUGAUUGAGGUGUUAGUGGAGAUGUUUCCCCCUGUUGAGCUGAUUGAACUUAUUGAAGCAUUUGAAAAGCCCCGCCCGAUUUCUCUACGGACAAACACUUUAAAGACUCGCAGACGGGAUUUAGCUGGUGUUCUUCUGAACAGAGGUGUCAAUUUGGACCCAUUAAGCAAAUGGUCAAAGGUUGGACUAGUUGUGUACGAUUCUCAAGUACCAGUUGGUGCCACUCCUGAGUAUAUGGCUGGUCAUUACAUGCUCCAAAGUGCGAGCUCUUUUCUGCCCGUAAUGGCCCUUGCCCCUCAGGAGAAUGAGCGUGUUGUUGAUAUGGCUGCUGCUCCUGGAGGCAAAACAACUUAUGUUGCUGCACUGAUGAAAAAUAGUGGUAUUAUUUAUGCAAAUGAGAUGAAGGAGUCAAGACUUAAAUCGCUCACUGCUAAUUUACAUCGUAUGGGGGUAACAAACACCAUUGUGUGUAACUAUGAUGGAAGAGAGCUGCCUAAAGUUUUGGGUCAGAAUACUGCUGAUAGGAUUUUGCUGGAUGCUCCCUGCAGUGGCACUGGGGUAAUCUCCAAGGAUGAGUCUGUUAAAACAUCCAAAAAUGCCGCUGAUAUACAAAAUUGCUCACAGCUGCAGAAGGAACUGAUACUUGCAGCAAUUGACAUGGUUGAUGCCAACUCAAAAUCAGGUGGAUACAUAGUGUAUUCUACCUGCUCCAUUAUGGUUGACGAGAAUGAAGCAGUUAUAGACUAUGCACUUAAGAAGAGAGAUGUUAAACUUGUGCCAUGUGGACUUGAUUUUGGGAGGCCUGGAUUUAUUCGCUUUAGGCAGCACCGUUUCCACACAUCUUUGGACAAGACUAGGCGAUUCUAUCCUCAUGUUCACAACAUGGAUGGAUUCUUUGUAGCCAAGUUGAAAAAGAUGAGCAAUUCAAAGUCUGCUGCAAAAUCGUCGGUUCAAUCUGAAGAAACACAAGAAGCUGAAACCAUUCAGAACAGUGACCAGCAGAACGCUGAAGGGGAUGACAAGCAUAAGGAGCAGAAGGGAAUUGCAAAAGAGAAUGGGAAUAAUGAAGAAGUGGCAGGUGAUAAAAAGAGGAAGAGGGAUGUCCAAAAGCAUUCAGAUAAGAAAGGUGUUGGACAAAACAGUGGUGUAACUAAAAAUGGGAAGGCAGAAAACCAAUUGGUGGCGACAAAAAGGAGGGAAAAGAAGAAACCCCCUCCUAGAGAGGAAAUUGCAAAAGCUAGGGAAGAGAAGAGGAAAGCUCUUAGGGAAGCAAAGCGAAAAGGAACAAUGAAGGACAAAGCUUGAAACAAAAGGAGAGGGAGCUCGGUAUGACUUCCGCCGUGUCAUGGGAGGUUUGUUAUAUGCGGAGGAUAUCUUUUUUCAGAGAUGAUGUAAGCGGACACAUAACUAAGAUGUUCUCUGAAGUCUUAGAAAGGUGGAUGUUAAGCUUACCUUGGGCACUAUUAGCAGGUGCCAAGCCAGUUUGGUAAUAUUUUCACCUUUGCUUGAUGACUUUGAGAUAAAGACUGUUGGAAAUGUGUUGUAUGCUUUAGAAAAACGAAAUUAGGAUUCAAGGUUGCACGAAUCCAAAAAUUUUGUAUCCUGCAUUUGAUGUUACACACUAAUAUUUUUUUUGGGAGUGAGCAAUGCAAAUUAUAAAGGGGAAGUACUUUGUAUUCAUUCAGUCAUCACUUUCAAUCAUCAGGUAGAGAUUCUGUCUAUUGUAAUCCUUAGAUGUAUUUUAUUUCUCUUGA